GGGAAACUAAUAUUUUAAUCAUUUUAUCAAAAUAAAUAUACAGACAACAACAUCAACAGCAACAGCAACAGCUUCGUUCUAUGAAUUUUUUUUUUUUUUUAUGAAUCAUAGGAGGGGUUGAUGAGAGAAUUUUGAUCCUUUUAGGAGGAGGAGGAGGAGUAGGAGGCUUCUUUUGAGUCUGUGUUUUACUUUUUACUUUUUGGUUUUGAAGAAGGCUCUUGCUGCUUUGAAUUACUUUUCUUCAAUUUGUAGGCUGAAAAACCAAAUGAUAAGGUGGUGGGUUUCUGCUCUGCAUUUAACAGAGCUAUUUGUAAGCGCGGUAGUGCAUUUGCUAUUUGGGUUUUACAUAUUUAGCACAGCUUUGGCUGGUGAUCUUUCACAGGCUAUGAAUGAAUGGUUUUCCAAGCCUAAUGUGCAUGUUGUUGUCAAAGAGGAGGAGACCAGAGAGACGACAUCUUCAUCAACAACGAAGACGACGACCAGCGUUGAUGACUUGCCACCUAUUGUGUUGGUUCAUGGAAUCUUUGGAUUUGGCAAAGGGAGAUUGGGAGGUUUAUCGUAUUUUGCUGGAGCAGAGAAGAAAGAUGAGAGGGUCCUGGUGCCUGAUUUGGGGUCUCUAACGAGCAUCUAUGAUAGGGCACGCGAAUUAUUCUAUUAUUUGAAAGGUGGGCAAGUUGAUUAUGGUGAAGAACACAGCAUGGCUUAUGGCCACUCACAAUUUGGACGGAUUUAUGAACAGGGGCACUAUCCUGAAUGGGAUGAGGAUCACCCUAUUCACUUUGUUGGGCAUUCUGCUGGGGCGCAGGUUGUUCGCGUACUGCAGCAAAUGCUUGCUGACAAGGCAUUUAAGGGGUAUGAGAACACUUCUGAUAAAUGGGUGCUAAGCCUCACCUCCGUGUCCGGAGCAUUCAAUGGGACUACGAGGACCUACUUAGACGGGAUGCAGCCAGAAGAUUGGAGAAACAUGAAACCAAUUUGCCUGCUUCAGUUCUGUCGCUUAGGAACAAUAAUUUAUGAUUGGCUUGACAUUGCUUGGCUGAAGGCUUACUACAACUUUGGAUUUGAUCACUUCAACAUUUCCUGGAAAAAAAUGGGCAUUUUUGGUCUUAUUGACUGCCUGUCGGGGAAUGCAGGACCCUUUGCUUCUGGAGAUUGGAUACUUCCUGAUCUUACAAUUCAAGGGUCUAUGCAACUCAACUGCCAUUUACAAACCUUCCCUGAUACGUACUAUUUCAGCUAUGCCACCAAACGCACUAAAAGAAUCUUCGGUAUCACUGUUCCUUCAGGCAUAUUUGGAAUCCACCCAUUGCUUUUUAUAAGAGUGUUGCAGAUGAGCCAGUGGCGUCAUCCUCCAGAUGUCUUUCCCCCUUAUAAAGGAUACAGGGAUGAGGAUUGGCAGGACAAUGAUGGAGCACUCAACACCAUAUCUAUGACCCACCCUCGUAUUCCAGUUGAACAUCCAAGCCAUUUUGUUGGGCAUGAUUCGGAGUGCCAACCCUUGCAGCCAGGAAUAUGGUAUUACAAGAUUGUGGAAGGUGAUCACAUAUUGUUCAUUGUGAAUAGGGAUAGAGCAGGAAUUCAAUUCGAUAUGAUAUAUGAUAGUAUUUUUGAGCGUUGCAGAAAAUAUGCCUGUAGGAAGAGUCGACAAACGUUACCAAACGAAAUCCAUCAAUAGUUCAGAGUCUUUUACAAUAUACAACCAGGAAAACAAAACCCAUCAAAGGACACAAUUCUUUGCCUCCCUCACUUGUCUCUGUAAAAUGUAAUUUUUUUUGUAAGGAAUUGCCAUCUUCAGCAACGUUAAAACUGGUUUGAGGUCACAGCUUGAAAGACACUCCUAAGCUUUCUAUUACAGUCAUCUCAUCCUGUUUCCGUUCUA